ACUCGCCGUUGGAUUAGCUGGCCAGUGUGACGCUUGACCUUGUCAGGUGGGCUCGGAGAUCUGACGGCUAAGAUUUAACGCUCAAUAUUACAUUAGGGUUUAGAGCGACACGUCCUCACUAUAUAAACUUCGCUGCCACCAAAACCGCCGCCGCAGUGCAGGUCUAGCUGCCCUCCGCACGCUUUCUUCUCGCCUACCCUCUUCGUCUCCGGCGCCGCCAUCGCCGCCGGUUCGCGCGACCUGUCCUCCGUCGGACCUCCGACCAUCUAUCUCUCCUCACCCUUCCCUCUCCUCCUCUAUCCUAAAUCUAGAAAAGAAAAGAAAAGACAAAAAUUUUUAUCUAGUAGUAUCAGGGGUCUUCUGUCGAACAUCUGGUGUGCGUUUUCUCAAAUUUCGUCUACAGCGUCACUUUGUUCUUCCUAAGUUUGAUUCGCAAUAACAAGAGGAGAGGGAAGAAAGAAAAAAAGAAAAAAAUCAGAAAAGGGAAAAAAAAAGAAAAAAUAUUGUUGAUUUUUUGGACAUGGCACAGGUUCAGGUUCAGCCUCAAGCUCCUAUCAAUGGUGUGGCGGGUGCCGCUGCAGGCAACCAAUUUGUUACGACGUCGCUGUACGUGGGAGACCUCGAGCUGAGUGUGACUGAUUCGCAGCUUUAUGAUCUGUUUAAUCAGCUGGGACAGGUAGUUUCUGUUCGGGUUUGCAGGGACUUGAGUACCCGCAGAUCUCUUGGUUACGGUUAUGUCAAUUAUAGCAACCCACAAGAUGCUGCAAGGGCAUUGGACGUGCUGAACUUCACUCCUCUUAAUGGAAAACCCAUUAGGAUUAUGUAUUCACAUCGUGAUCCUAGUCUUCGCAAAAGUGGGGCAGGGAACAUAUUUAUUAAGAAUUUGGAUAAGGCGAUUGAUAACAAAGCUCUACAUGAUACAUUUUCAACCUUUGGAAACAUUCUCUCUUGCAAGGUGGCUACAGAUUCCUCUGGUCAGUCAAAAGGCUAUGGUUUUGUACAAUUUGAUAAUGAGGAAUCUGCUCAACAAGCUAUAGAAAAGCUGAAUGGUAUGCUUUUGAAUGAUAAGCAAGUUUUUGUGGGACCCUUUGUUCGCAAGCAAGAGAGAGAAACAGCUGUUAGCAGGACAAAAUUCAAUAAUGUCUUUGUAAAGAAUCUCUCAGAAUCAACAACAGAGGAAGAUUUGCAGAAAAUUUUUGGCGAAUUUGGAACAAUAACAAGCGUUGUAGUGAUGAGGGAUGCAGAUGGGAAAUCUAAGUGCUUUGGUUUUGUCAACUUUGAGGAUGUGGAUGAUGCUGCUAGGUCUGUUGAGGCUCUUAAUGGACAGAAAUUUGAUGAUAAAGAAUGGUUUGUUGGGAAAGCACAGAAAAAAUCUGAAAGAGAGGUUGAACUAAAACAGCGAUUUGAGCAGAGUAUGAAGGAGGCAGUUGACAAAUAUCAAGGGGUAAAUUUAUACAUAAAAAAUCUAGAUGAUAGCAUUGGUGAUGAUAAACUUAUGGAACUGUUCUCUCCGUUUGGUACCAUUACUUCGUGCAAGGUUAUGCGUGACCCUAAUGGAAUAAGUAGAGGAUCAGGUUUUGUUGCGUUUUCAACUCCUGAAGAGGCAUCUAGGGCUCUUGUGGAUAUGAAUGGCAAAAUGGUCAUUAGCAAGCCUCUUUAUGUUGCACUUGCCCAACGAAAAGAGGAUAGAAGAGCAAGGUUGCAGGCACAAUUUUCUCAAAUGCGUCCUGUUGGAAUGGCGCCUUCAGUCGCCCCUCGAAUGCCAAUGUACCCUUCUGGUAGUCCAGGUCUUGGACAACAAAUUUUCUAUGGUCAAGCACCACCUGCUAUUAUUCCUCCCCAACCUGGAUUUGGGUAUCAGCAGCAACUUGUUCCUGGCAUGAGGCCUGGUGGGGCUCCCAUGCCAAACUUCUUUGUGCCUCUUGUUCAGCAGGGUCAACAGGGUCAGCGUCCUGGUGGCAGGCGAGCUGGAGGUGUUCCUGUGCAGCAGAACCAGCAGCCUGUUCCACUAAUGCAGCAGCAGAUGCUUCCAAGGGGGCGUGUCUACCGUUAUCCCCCAGGGCGUGGCUUGCCAGAUGUUCCUAUGCCAGGUGUUGCUGGGGGCAUGCUUUCUGUUCCAUAUGAUAUGAGUGGCAUGCCAAUGCGUGAUGCAUCUAUGUCUCAGCAAAUUCCAAUUGGUGCUUUGGCUAGUGCUCUUGCAAAUGCGACUCCUGAACAGCAAAGAACAAUGUUGGGUGAGAAUUUGUACCCACUUGUGGAGCAGCUGGAGCCUGAGAUGGCAGCUAAGGUGACAGGCAUGCUUCUCGAGAUGGACCAGACUGAGGUCUUGCACUUGCUUGAGUCACCAGAAGCUCUGAAAGCAAAGGUUGCAGAGGCCAUGGACGUGCUGAGGAAUGUUGCCCAGCAGCAGCAGGCUGGCAACACGGCUGAUCAACUGGCAUCCUUGUCACUGAACGAAAAUCUUGUUUCCUAAGUGCGAUGCUUUUAUCUUGAAACAUCAUGGUUGUGGUUGUGGAUUUGCAACAGUUUUAAGGUUUUCAUUCUGAUGCUAGGGUAGGCACUGGUUUUGGUGUUUGCGAGGAGUUGCUUCUUAAAUUAUUCUGAAUGUUGUGACAUUAUGCUUUAAUUUUUGCCAUGCACUUAGAAGCACUCGUGUUGCUUUUUU